AUGCACGAAAUGUCCCAUAUGGGCCCUCGGGCCUUCAACCACGAACAAAGCAGCGAUGCAGAAGCCGAAUACGAUCGCCUCCGUGGCCUAGCCCGUGAAGAGGCCCAGAAGCGCAACUCUUGCUUUCAACGGUCUCAAGAAGCGUACUCCGAAGGUGAUGGCGCAAUGGCCAAGGAGUUGUCCGAGCAGGGUAAAUCCCACGGUCGCAAGAUGGAGGAGUACAACAAGCAGGCCUCCGAAUUCAUCUUUCGCGAGAACAACGCCGAAGGGCGCGUGGAUCCCGAUACCAUCGAUCUACACGGCCAAUUCGUAGAGGAGGCGGAGGAGAUUCUUGAAGAGCGUAUUAAAUAUGCUAGAGAUCAUGGCCAGAACCAUCUGCAUGUCAUCGUCGGCAAAGGUAAUCACUCUGCCAACCACGUUCAGAAGAUCAAACCUCGUGUUGAGCAAGUCUGUCGCGAACUGGGUCUCCAGUAUGCGACGGAAGAGAAUGCGGGACGCAUUUAUGUCAAUCUCACUGGUGGACCGGCCGAUAUGUCUGAAGUUCCGGCACACUCUGGUUAUGGCCAGUCGCAUGGCCAGUAUCCCGGUCAACAGCAUCACCAGCAGCCACAACAGCAACAACAACAACACCAGCAGGACCCCGUCGAGGAGAUGGUCAACGCAAUUCUCCCACGUGUGUUGCGCAAGCUGGAGAAAGCUUGCUGUGUGGUUAUGUAA